AUGACGACCGCGGUCCCCCAGGAACCGAUGUGUCUGCUCCAGCGCAUCUGCAAAGUUGCCUCGACGCCGGCGACGACACCAACCUCUGCCGGCUCGAAACCAUCGUACCCGCCCGUCUCCAGCAUCCCGCGGACUUCCCCUUCGCGCCUGGCUGCGGCAUCGCCAGACGCACCCUCCUCGCCCGGCGAUAACGCCGACAAGGACGAGGACGCCGCCGCGCAAUCCACGGUCCUCUACCUUGCCUACGGCUCCAACCUCAGCGCGGAGACCUUCCUCGGCACCCGCGGUAUCCGCCCGCUCUCCCGGGUCAACGUCUCCGCCCCGUCCCUCACACUCGUCUUCGACCUCCCCGGCCUGCCCUACCGCGAGCCGUGCUUCGCCAACUCGGCGCCGCGGAAAGUGCCCAAGCUCCCUGACCCCUCCGACCCGCCCAAGCUCCCGCCCGUCCCGCCGCUGCCGCCCCCGACGUCUUCCGCGUGCCAGUCCGGCUCGUCCGUAGACCUCGGCUGGGACAAGGGCCUGUUCGGUGUCGUGUACGAGGUCACGCCCGAGGACUACGCCACCAUCGUCGCGACCGAGGGCGGCGGCUCUUCGUACGCCGACAUCCUGACCCCUUGCAUCCCGCUCCCGCCCCGCGUCUCCGUCCCCGAGAAGCCGCCCAUCGAUAUCCCGCGCCCCUUCCUCGCCCACACCCUCUACUACCCCGAUAUCCCCGACGCCCCGGAUGACGACGAUGACAAGGACGACGACAAGGAUGACCCCAAGAAGCCCCAGGACCCCCGCAAGAAAUGGUACUGGCGCUUCAUCCGACCCAACCGCCGCCCGGACCCGGCCUACGCGCAGCCCUCGGCGCGCUACCUCAAGCUCAUCACCGACGGCGCCGCCGAGCACGAGCUGCCGGACGACUACCAGCGCUGGCUCGGCGGCCUGCGCGCCUACGCGCCGACGACGUGGCGGCAGCGGGCCGGCCGCUGGCUCCUGACGGCGCUGUUCCUGCCCGUCCUGCUGCUCUUCUUCCUGCUCAGCAAGCGGGCCGCGAACAAGGAGGGCAAGGCGCCGCUGUGGCUCGGCGUGACGCUGGGCGUCAUCUUCCACCUGCUCUGGACGGCGUACGACGGCGUGUUGAAGCCCGUGUUCGGGGAUGGCGAGAGGACGCAGGAAGAGGAAGAGGAGGAGGACGGGGGCGGGGGCGGGGGGACGUUCCGGAAGAAGUCGUGGAUGGGUCGGUUUGCGUGUACUGACGAGGAGAAGGAGGGACUUUUGGAGCACAUGGACUGA